CGCGAGAUCGGAAUCCCCCAAUGUUUCCAGCAGCAAGUCUCGCGUUUUUUUUUGUGCUGGAGAUUUAUUAAAAUUUCGAUCAAUUAAUUAAUUGUAAAAGUUUAAGCUAGCAUUUCUGUGUGUAUUAUUUUUAAAAAAUUAUAAAUAUGCCUAAACAAAGACCAAGCAAGACCUCAUCCGAAGGGGAGCAUGAUCCAAAACCAUUACGAGAAAGACAAUCAGAACAAACACCAGAAACAGUAAAUGACAACAGCUUUUCUCCAAAUAAUAAUGCGGACCAAGACCAAGAUCACGAUCUUACGGAAGAGUCGGAAAUAGAAUCGAGAAAGUUGAAAGAACGAGAAAGGAAACACGACUCGGGCGCAGUUGACCUAGAAAAAAUUACAGAUUAUGCGGAAGAAACAGAAAUCACUGCUUCAGAUCUCAGUGGGGUGAGGGAAUUAAUCGCAACAGAAAUGGCGGAAAGGCUCCGUAAAGAAAAGGAGUUGAUGCUCAUUAAAAUAAAGAAGGAAGAUGUUGAACUAAUAGUCACUGAGCUGGAAAUGUCAGCCGAACGAGCAGAGCGAGCCUUGAGGGAGCAUGGAGGCAAUCUAUUAGAGACUUUGGGUGCUCUAACAAAUUAAUGUUUAUAAGUAAUCUAUAUAUUUCUCUUUAAAUCGGAUAGAGUGAAUAUGAAUAUGGCAUAAUAAUUCUUCCUUUCCAUUCUUUAAAGUCUUCGUGUGUGUAAAUCCUAAUUACAAACUAAACUCAAUUUUCGUAUAUAAAUAAAUUUUUGAUAUAAAAUGUGAACCUUA